AUGCCUGUCCCCGCGCCCCAGCUUGGAUCGUACCAGUAUGUUCCCGAGACGAAGGAGAACCUCGACUGGGCGGAGCUAGUGACGAUCGACCUGUCCAAGUUCCACACUCCAGAGGGAAAGAAACAGCUCGCGCAAGAACUGAUCAGCGCCCUGCGGAACAAAGGUUUCUUCUACGUGAAGAACUUCAACAUCUCCCAGGAGCGGGUGAACCGGCAGUUCGCGAUCGGACGCGAGUUCUACGAGCUCCCCCUGGAGGAGAAGAGCAAGUAUGUCCCGGACUUGGAUGCGGGGAAGUUCAAUGGGUAUACUCCGGCUGGGAGAAGGGUCAUCGACGAAAAGUCCGGGCUGAGGGACAAGAUCGAGAUCUUCAACAUGCCCAAGUUCAACGGCCACUUCCCACAGGCUUAUCCAGAGCUCAUCCAGUCCCAUCUUGCGGAGAUCGAAGAAUUCGCCAGGUCCCUGCACAGCGAAGUGCUCGACCCGCUCUUCGAGCUCCUGGCGCUCGCGCUCGAGCUACCCGAAGACUACUUCACGCGCAUCCACGUCUACGCCGAGAAGAGCGAGGACCAUCUGCGGUAUAUGAAGUAUGGGAAGUACAGCACUGAGGAGAACUCGAAGUUGAGCUUGUGGACUCGGGGACAUACGGACUUGGGAAGCUUCACGCUCCUUUUCCGUCAGCCGGUUGCUGCCCUCCAGAUUCGUGACCCGCAGACAGAACAAUGGAAGUGGGUCAAACCCCAAGACGGCACUUUGACGGUGAACGCCUGCGAUGCGCUGUCCUUCCUCACGGGUGGGUAUGUGCGCAGCACGAUCCACCGCGUGAACGUUCCGCCCAAGGAUCAGCAACACGUUGACCGCUUAGGGCUGCUGUACUUCUCCAGACCGCAUAACGACGUCAAGCUUGCGACUAUUACGGAGAGCCCUGUGCUCACACGUGAGGGCUAUACGCAGAACGAGUUCGAGCGAUUCGGGAACAAGGUGCCCACGAUGGAGGAGUGGACGUUUGCUAAGCAGAAAUGGCAGAGGACGCCCCAGGCGUAUAGGGAUGAGACACAUAGGACGGCGACGAUCUUGCCGGGCUUUAGGGAGAAGGUGUUUGAUGAGCCUACCGCUGUUGGUGCGUAG